AUGAAAGAUGCUGGGUACCAACCGAACAAUGGCCUUGACGAUCAGCGCCUUGCAUUGCUGUGGAUCAAGGACAAUGUUGCAGGCUUCGGCGGCGAUCCUGAGCGAGUCACGUUGGUGGUCGAGAGCUCUGGUGCAGCAUCCGGGUGUUUCCACCUCCACUCCCCCGAACAAUUGUUCCACCAGUUCAUCUCCAUGAGCGGGUCAUCGGUGCAACGCCUGACGCUUGUUAGCCAGGCCGACGCAUCGUACAACUCCGUGACGGAAGUGCUUGGAGCGAAGGAGCUAUCACCCAAGGAACAAAUCCGAACCCUUCUAGAUGCUACAAGAGAAGACUAUUCCGUUAAGAUAGGACGUCGACUCCCCAUCGGCCCCUUGGUCGAUGGCAUCAAGAUCCCAACGUUGACAUCUUACAAAGCGCUCGCCGAUCCAGAUGAGACGAUCAGUCUGUUCCCGGGACUGCGUCAGUGUAAGAGAAUUUUGAUGGGCGACUGUCAAAUGGAUGGUAUGGCCUUCAGUGCCCGCUUUGUAGGGAGAACAGACAUCCUGCCAAAAACACUACAGCAUUGCCUGACUGCAGUAUUUGAUCCCGUCAAUCCGACCAUUGCCACAGCUCUCAUCAAGGCGUACCGGAUCGAUGCCGAGGCGACCUCGAACACCCGUAAGACCGUCGAGCUGGUGCUUAACUUUGCAAAUGACGUGUUGUUCGCCCAGCCUGCUCGUGUGUUUAGCAGGGCUUGGUCCGUGGCCGCUGUCCCGGGGACUGAGGCAUUCCUUUGCCAUUUCAACUGCCCGAAUCCUUGGGAUGGACCGUGGAAGGGUUACGCCACGCACAUCUUGGAUAUCGCCUUCGUCCUGCAAAACUACAACGAACACCUUUCUCCGGGGCAGGCCAAGUGUGCUGAACGGUAUGCCAAGGACGUGAUUGCCUUUGUCAACGGCGCGAGUCCUUGGGCACGGUACGAUGAGAAUGAAAGUGGUAGUGGCGCGAUGGUCUACGACGCGGACGAGGAGGGGACAGAGGACAAGUCAAGGUUCGUCCCCGCCACUUCUGACGAGGCGGGAAAGGAAAGCAAGCGAAGGAAUUUCCUUGAGCAUAUUCUCAAGGAAGAGUUAUUUGACAAGCUGUUGGAUGUUUGGCAAAUGUUUGUCGCCAGCGGGAAGGACUAA